GCUAGUUAUUCUCUCUCUAUAAAUCAAGGUCCGAUUAUUCAUUUGUAUUGCCAGAGAGAAGUCAAUCAUCUGAGACUGAAGCCAUCCGUCCAUGGCAGCCGGAAUCCUGCAAUGGAACACUCCUCUGCCGUACCUGUACGGUGGUCUUGCGCUGGUGCUGGGACUCAUUGCCGUAUCUUUACUCUGCCUUGCAUGCUCCGGCGAGAAGAACUUGCCGCCGUCAGAAACAGCGGCUGCAGAAAAGGCCGCGCUGCCGCCGGGGGAGGAGACGAGAAUUGUCGUCGUCAUGGCCGGCGAUGACCUGCCGACCCACGUGGCAAAGCCGGUGUCCUAAACCGGCGCCCAUACAUGUUCAACAAGUUUGAGCCCUUAAGCUCCGUGUAUGUUAGUAGGUAGUUUGUUCAAGGCAGUGGGGCCUUCCUUCUCUCUUAAGAGCGUAAGUAGAUUAGUUGUUGGCUUGUCUCCCUGUUUGUUAAUACAAAAAUUUAAUUCGAACAUGUGAUUGUUCAUUGCUUUUGAAUAAAAUCUCUCAACUUUGUUGAUA